AUGGAGGUCGCUUACAACAAUAGCUACCACAAAUCUAUUAAGAUGGUGUCGUAUGAAGCCCUGUAUGGGCGAAAGUGUCGAUCCCCGAUUCAUUGGCACGAAGCCGGUGAAAGAAGAUUCUUGGUUGGAGAUAAGGUGCUUCUGAAGGUAGCUCUGUUGAAGGGAGCUCUAUGUUUUGGUAAGAAAGGAAAACUGAGUCCAAGAUAUAUUAGACCUUUUGAGAUAGUAGAGAAAAUCGGUAUGGUCGCCUACCGAUUAGCUCUUCCACCUGCAUUGGCUCGAGUACAUGAUGUAUUCCAUGUACCUAUACUAAGGAAAUAUGUUGAAGACCUCAGUCAUGUACUUAGUUAUGGACAGUUGGAAGUGGAUCCGAAGCUGUGUUAUGAGGAGAAACCGGAGAGGAUUUUGGAUCAUAAGGAUAAGGUGAUGUGUAAUAAGAAUAUACCCAUGGUUAAGGUGCAGUGGUGUAACCAUGGGGUUGAAGAAGCAACAUGGGAACCCGAAGAUUGGAUGAGAGAGUUAUACCCGUAG